AUGUCCGAGUCGCCUGUUUCCCACUCCUCUGUCCCAUACGGCAACGGCAACGGCACUGCCACUCCAAGCGGCCAGUACAGUAAUGGCCAGGGAGCUGUCAGCGAUCCUGCAGUUCGCAAAAAGCUCAACGGCUAUGUUGGAUUCGCAAAUCUCCCCAACCAGGUCCACCGUAAGAGCGUACGCACUGGCUUCCAGUUCACCGUUAUGGUAGUUGGCGAGUCUGGCCUUGGAAAAUCCACGCUUGUCAACACCCUCUUCAAUACUACCCUUUACCCUCCCAAGGAGUAUCUCCACCCAAGCGCUGAGCGCCCCAAAACCGUUGCUAUUGAGAGCAUCAGUGCUGACAUCGAGGAGAACGGCGUAAGACUCCGCUUGACGGUUGUCGACACCCCCGGGUUCGGUGACUUUGUCAACAAUGACGAUAGCUGGAAGCCGAUUGUGGAAAACAUUGAAGCUCGCUUCGACGCGUAUCUGGAGCAAGAAAACCGUGUCAAUCGCCAAAAGAUGGUUGACAACCGCGUUCACGCUUGUAUCUAUUUCAUCCAGCCUUCUGGCCAUUCGCUCAAGCAAAUUGACAUCGAGUUUAUGCGUCGCCUACACACCAAGGUCAAUUUGAUCCCUGUAAUUGCCAAGUCGGACACUCUCACCGAUGAGGAGAUAAUCCAAUUCAAGCAGAGGAUCCUGAAUGAUAUCGCGCAUCACCAAAUUCGUAUUUUCCAGGCUCCAGUCUAUGAGAAUGAGGAUGAAGAGACAAUUGCCGAAAACGAAGAAAUCGCGGGUAAAAUUCCGUUUGCCAUUGUCGGGUCUUAUAAGCAGGUCGAGACCCCUGACGGGCGGGCUGUCCGGGGUCGCGUUUAUCCAUGGGGUGUGAUCGAAGUCGACAACGAGGAUCACUGCGACUUUGUCAAGUUGCGUCAGAUGCUUAUCCGAACCUACAUGGAAGAGCUCCGUGAACACACGAACCUUGUUCUGUACGAGAACUAUCGUAGCGACAAAUUGUUGGCUAUGGGCGUUACCCAGGAUCACUCGGUCUUCAAAGAGAUCAACCCGGCAGCCAAGGUUGCGGAAGAGCGCACACUUCAUGAAGCCAAGCUUGCCAAGAUGGAGGCGGAGAUGAAGAUGGUGUUCCAGCAAAAGGUGCAAGAGAAGGAGGCCAAGCUUAAGCAGAGUGAGGAGGAGCUUUAUGCCCGUCACCGGGAGAUGAAGGAGGCCCUUGAGAAACAGAGGAUAGAACUCGAGGACAAGAAGCGUCGAUUGGAGAGUGGCCGACCCCUCACUCCAGAGAAGAACAACACCAAGAAGAAGGGUUUCUUGCGCACUUAA